UUAUCAUGUGCCUCACGCCAUAUCGAGAGCGGCUCAGCAGUUGUCCAUAGCUCUUUGAAACUUCCUGCUGAUCCAGAUGGUGGGGUAAAGCGCAAAGCCACAUUCUGACGUUUCUGGUUCGAAGACGUACCGUUUGUGAGGUAGCAGUUUGCCUAGAACUGAAGUCCAACACCGGAAAUUGGUGCUUGGAAAUCCGCUGGUGUCGUCUUGAGAACGACAAAGGUACAUCGGGAAUUGUGUCAGCUCUCGGUACCUUCAACACGGCUCCAGUCAAUGUAGCCGCCGAGCAAACUAUAAGUCAAGCAGGUUUCCCUCACCCCAACCCUCUUUUUCAGCACUCCACCUGCACUUCCUGCUCGCUUCAACACAGCUGCCUGGGGUAGCUCGUCAUUGUUUAUCCCUGCUUGCGCAACAAUCACCCUUCGAUUCGUCUUUGAGCUGUCGUUCGAAUCAUCUUUCGCUAUGCGAUUCUCUGCCAAAAGCCUCCUCGUCGGUGCUGCAUGCUUCCUUUUCGCUACGACUGCCAGCGCCCAAGAUUAUUGUGGGUAUGAUGGGCCGUGGGAGCAAUCGGACCUGUCGAUGACGGGCGGCCAGGGCGGCGGCGCAUUCUGCGAAACCAAGUGGCAGGAUGGCAUCGUCAUGAAGGGUGUCGAAGUUUGGGCCGACGAUGGGGGUGUCAUCGCCGUCCAGUUCACCUAUUCAGACGGAACCCUGAGUCCUAUUUGGGGCAGGACUGGUGGCUCGACCGGGCAUGGCAGGAUUGACUGGGAUCCCGAAUCAGAUACAAUCAAGAAUGUGGUGACUUGGGGCAAUGGAGUUGCCCAGUAUCUUGGACGUGUUGUCAUUGAGACACAAUCAGGAAAGUCCCUAGAUGUUGGCAGGAAACCAGAAGCCCACCAGUCGGAUUGGCCGAUGCCGGUACACUCCGGUAUCAUGCUUGCAGCAUUCGGGGGUUCUGGGACCCGUAUCGACAGGCUCGGCUUUAUAUUCCUGAAAAGCAAAGUCAAACAUGUUACAGUCGAUGACGUAAAAUUCGAGGAUACGCCAGAAGAACUCAACAAGAGGAAACAGGGUAUCGCAACAGAGACGGUCGACUGGGCCGACCACACCAACAAUCACGAUACAGCCGAAGAGACAUACACUUUUGCAAAGAACGAGGGGAGAGAGGUCUGGAAAGCCUAUACCAUCAGAUCGACCGCCAGUUUCGGCUUCAAGGAAGCUAUCGAAGUAUCCGGCGAACUCCUCGGCAUUGGUGCCAAGAGCAACACCGAGCUCUCCUUUGGUGUCGAAACUGGGAGGGAAGAGACCAACACCUGGAGAGACACUGUCACAAUCAAUUACUCGAUUGCGACGAAGCUGGCGCCUGGGCAGCGGGUGUACUGCAGGUCUUACUGUCAAAAGGGUACCUACGACGGGUCUUUCACGGCUACGGUUACUAUGAAAUUGGAGGAUGGGACCGAGUUCAAAUUCAAGGAGAAGGGCACCAUGAAACAGCUAAUGUACACCCAGGCUACUUCGGAAUGCGACGAUAAGCCGUUUACGGAUGGGCCUGGUGCGGAACACUUUCACAGUAACAGACGCGCUGUGAAGUUCAUCGCGUAGGUGGUAUGACCACCACUUGGUUGUGCUGGCCAUGUCUUCUCUUUUCGCCCGCCGGAUGGAGUUCAUUUUUCACGAUGCAGGGCAGCGACAUUGUGCAGAGCACAUGCAGAACAUGUCGUACCUUCUGCAAUCUGCAGAUGUACGGGAUAAUGGCUGCAUCCUAGAGACGGCUUUCAUUGUACCCAUCUGUUUCACUUCUUUGUUGUAUCUAUAUUUCCUCUGCGGUAGUAUCGAUUUGGCAUCAUCCUGCGUGUAGACAGACCGCUAAGCGAAUCUAACCUGCGCUUUUUUGCAGUAUGGUGUUCAUAUUAUCAUAAGGCGGAAUUGCAAGACGAGAAGACUGC